AUGCCUGAAAAUAAAUUUGUAUCACAGUUUACUAUUGCUGAAUCCGUCGUUGUUGAACGAUUAAAAGAAGACUUAAAUGAUAUAUUGAACCAAGCCUUUGGUGAUACUCAAGUCUAUAAUUUAUGGGGGGUGCCUUUGGUCAUGGAUUCGGAGGAUGAACGUCUCAAGGUAGUUUUAGUAAAGUUUGCGAGAGCCAGAAACUUGGAUUUUGAUGCAGCAAAAGCCAUGUUGAUAAACACGUUAAAGUGGCGAAAAGAGUUCUCAACAGACACCAUCCUCGACGAGGAAUUUGAUCAAGAUAUAUUUAACGAAACGAUAGGAUUUCUUUGCAAUACAGAUAAACAAGGUAGACCUGUCACUUAUAACUUUUAUGGUGGAUUAGAUCAAAAUACAGUCUUUGCCGACGUAAAUAGAUUUAUUCGUUGGAGAGUUCAAUUAAUGGAAAAGGGUAUCUCACAUGUGGAUUUCAUCAAUAUAGAUUCCAUGGUCCAAGUGCAUGAUUAUAAAGGCGUGUCAAUUUUUGGACGUACGGCUAAUGCCAAACAGGCAAUAAACACAAUUAUUAAAUUACUGCAAGAUAAUUACCCUGAGUUUUUGUCUACUAAACUCUUUGUCAAUAUUCCAAAAUGGGGAACCGUGAUUUUUAGACUAGUUCGUCCGCUACUUUCCGAAGCUACUCUAAAGAAAUUCGUCAUAUGUGCCAGGUAA